AUGUUAUUGAAACUCUGUUCAUGUCUCACAGUUUAUCACAUCAGUCACGAGGUUCCUGACCGGCCAUGGGGAAAGAUCGCCACAGAUUUGUUCGAGUUCGAUGGCAAGGGGUAUUUGGUAACAGUUGAUUAUUUCUCGAAUUUUUUCGAGAUUGACCGCCUCUACAGUACGCAGGCCGUAUCCGUUAUUCGAAAGCUCAAGGCGCACUUGGCACGGUAUGGCAUUCCUGAAGAAUUAAUAAGUGAUCAAGGUCCUCAGUUUAUCUCUGGAGAAUUCAAGAAUUUCUGUGCGAAUUAUGGAAUGAAGCAUACCAUGACUAGCCCGCAUUAUCAUCAGGCAAAUGGAAUGGCCGAAACUGCUGUUAAACAAGCUAAACGAGUCCUGAAAGUAGCCAAGAUGUCUGGACGAGACCCACAUUUAGCUUUGUUGGACCUCAGAAAUACUCCUCAAGAAGGUUUCAGUUCAAGCCCAGCACAGCGACUGAUGAGCAGGCGGACCAAAACUGUUUUGCCAAUUUCGAAAGGUUUGCUAAAACCAGCAGUUAUUGAAAACACGAAACAGCAAAGAAGAGCUCGUCAAGGACGACAGAAGAAAUUUUACAACUGGGGAGCAAAAGAUUUACCAGCAUUGGCUGCAGGUGACCAAGUAUGGAUACAGCCAGUCAAAGUUGGGGAUCGAGAAUGGAAGAAAGCAACCGUUUUAAGAGAAGUGGGUAUCAGGUCCUAUGAAGUCGAAACAGAGAAUGACCGAACUCUUAUUCGGAAUCGAAGACAUUUGAAGGAAGCAAAAUCAAGAUCUGCAAAUGGCGAUGAUCAUCAACAGAUCCAAGAAUUACCUAAAACACCUGAAGUUGCCGAGCGGGGAUCAAGCGGGUUUGAUGGAGAAAUAGAUCCCAUUCCCGAGCUUAUUCCGGAUCCAGAUCGAGGCGCCCAAAGCAGUACUGAGUCCGGUAUGCUGUCUGGUGACACAAGAGACAAUAUAAUUACUCGAACGCGGAGUGGUAGAAUUAGUCAAAGACCGAAGUAUUUGGACGAUUAUAGUACCUAG